AUGCAGGGGGAGUUUUUAUUUUCUGUCCCACAGAUACGGGAAAUAGACAUGGAUUCCACGAUUAGCAAGGAGAGCUGCAGUAGUAUUGCUUCGUCCAGAUGCACGUCGGUAUCGUCUGGCGGCCCACGGUCGGGUUCGCGGCGACUUCGCAGAGGUGUUUUGUCGGAAAAAGAGAGAAAACGCCGUCCGACCUCUCGGAAGAACUACGCCGAUCACGUGCCGAUGUUUCGAAACCCGCGACGCCCGACGACUAUUCUGCUUGAGCCCUUUCCCAACCGCCGACUGCGUUCCAUGUGUAUUGCGGGGGGAUUGCUCGUGACAGCACAUCGAAACGGCAUUCGUGUAUACCGUCAACGUUAUCUUACUGCGUCAAAUACGGCGAGUGCCAGGAGUUGUGGCGGCACAUGUGACGGGGAAAACAAUUGUGUGGGUGGCAAUAAUCCUUCCGACAUGCGUACGGGGAUGUGGGAGGCCGUUGAGAGCAGAGAUAGUUUCCAGCUUCAGGAUGCGUAUCUGUGUGUCGGUGCGGAGCUGGUAUUUAGCCGGGAACGCGUCCUUCCGCUGAAGUGGAAUCGAUAUCUGGCCGUGGCAUGUGGUAGCGACCGCACUCAUUUUAGCAUUUGUGUAUUGAGCACCGCUGCUCACUUUUUGCUUCACCACGAGUUGCACGCAAAGAACAGGGUGGUGGCGCUUCAUUUUGCUCUUGUUGCGAUGGAUGCGAAACCGGGCAGUAGACAUUACCAGCCGUUUGUUGUGAGUGUGGAUGAGGUGGGUGAGGUGGUCAUCUUUGACGUUGAACAUGAUCAUGCGGUGAAGCUGAUUGCACCCACAUCCACGCCUGUUUCUGCGUCUCCGCCCACCAAUGGGACGCUCACUGAUGACAGGAAUGAAGAAGAAUCUCCGGACGCCAUCUUCUGCGAGGAAAAUAGCAACAGGAAGGAUAAUAAAAGUAACAACAACAGCACCGGCGAGGAUGGUGCGGGUGAUCGCAUUGGCGGCGACGAUGCCCCGCCUUUUUCUUCCAAUAAGAAUAACGGAACGUUAAGAUCGCGGGGCAAAGAUAUUGCUGGUGAUUGUGGAGGCAAGGAUAAUGGUACCGGCUCUGUGCUGCGAUCAUAUCGUCUUGAUGCCGGUAUGGCUACAAAUGUCUGUCUCCUUGGCCCUUGCCAGGUUUACUGCAGGCAAUGCUGCGACGUGCCCAUCGAGCCUGGGAAUCUUGUCAUGAGUAUUUACAUCUCCUCGCGUGCUUAUGGUGCGGAGGGACAGGCGGAAAUGCACGUUUCGCAUUUCCGCUUCCGCUGGUGUUUCUCGCCACCACGAGCCAUCGUGCUUAGCGAGACCCCCAUUCUGCGGGAGGGAGCUCCGGAGGAUGUAUGCGACAUUGGUGUUGCAAUGAUGCGUGUUCCCUUUCACGAGGAACUGCCGCUGAGCUUUACGAUUGGCCGGCCGCGACUUCGUUUUUGGAGUCUGAGCGGCUGUACGGGAAAGCUCCUACAUCUUCACCGCGUAUAUCAUGAUAAGGACGGGAGUGGAAAGGGAGCACGAACAGUGAAGGAGCAUUUUCUGCGUGUGGUGCCGCUCGGUCGUCAUAUCUUACUGCAAGACAUCAACACCUCGUGGCUUUGCAUUGCCGCUCUUACCGACGAUGACGUGAUCCUUUUGUUGGGGAGGGAGCCGCAGCCAGCCCGCCGUAAAACUCCCACACGCGCACAGGAUCCGUCCCCUGCAGUGGUAGCGGCGGGGGUGGUGGAUGGCCGGGACGCAUUGGAGAAGUGGCUGGAGGAUGUGGACGACGAGAAGGAGAAAUCACCGUCUCCGAGGGGACGGCAACCAAAACCAUCAAAGGACGUUACCGCGGACGCUGUGCCGUUGCCGCGUGCAUCGUCCCCGCUGAAAUUCAUGGACCCGGAUCAAGAUUAUACUGUUCUCAUGAUGUUGACAGCACCAGGGACUCUUGGCGCCACGGCCAACUCGAGUCCGGACCGAUACGUUCCCCCCACACGCAUAUUGCUUUACGUACCGCAGAGCAAUGAGCUUCUCUUUUACAUGGGUGGAAGCGAUGAAAUCUACUCCAUUUGUUUGCCGUUUGUGAGGACUGUCACUUCUGUUGAAGGCGUGGGGAGGGCGACGGCGAAAGUGUCUGUCCAGACACCACAGAAGAAUUCGACAUUCACAUCCAACAGUUGGAUGGGUGCCGCACUCAGUGCAAGUGAGCUAAUUGACAUGAAAAUAGCACGUCCAUUGAUGUCAGUCAUGUGGAGUCUUGCAGGGGAGGUGGAGGUUGACGAAGCGUCGCUUCCGCCCCUGGCGUCUUCAUCCGCACCACCACCACCGACACAAGUUCAGUCCCCAACAUCAAUGAUGAUAGCAGAAGAGGGUGAAAGGGCGAACUCAAGUUCACGGAAUGUGGUUGAAGUACACAUUGACGACGAUCAUAGCAAAACGCCCCGGAAGAAGAAACACCGUAAUGAUUUAAGGUCUAUUAUGAACGAGGAUAGUCGAAUGAUAGACACUGAGGGUGAUAUGCGAAGGGCAUACAUGGAAGAAGAGCGUCGCAAGUUACUGAAUUCACAGCACUGGAGUGGGAUGAAGACGGAUGGAAAGGAAGGAGAAGGAUGUGCAGAGGAUGCGGGCAUAUUGAAGCGUCUUAUUAGUAUGGAAGAGCCGUUGCAACGCAACGCCAUUGUAUAUGAAUGGAGUGAUAUACAUGAUGAUCUCUAUGUGCAGUUUACCCAGAAGGGCCUUGAGAUUAUGGAGCAGAAGAAAUGUGACGUCACGCAUGACAUCUCUGCAUCACGAGAGGUGUGUUAUGGGAGUUUCCGUGACUGCGUUAUUUUGAGCGAGUUUACGUAUGGUGAUCACUCUGCAGGUUUUAUGCAGGCGUUUCGUCAUGCUCAGCAGAGACGGCAGGAAAAUCGUGACCAGGGCAGGGUCUUUGACUUUGCGGCGUACUUUUCCAGCGGUGUUGUGCCACAGCGGCUUUUGGAUCUGCAAGAGGAUGAUCGCUGCCACUUUGAGCUGGAGGACCUUAGGGCAGCCUUUGAAGAUGACAUAAAGAAAUUUAAUGAAGUGGACACCGUACUGGUCUACGAGAAUCAAGAGCGAGAGGUGGACGGUAAUGGAAGGCGGCGGUGGGUGCCACACCCCACAUUUCCUUUUGACGACAAGGACGGCAUGGUGAUAGACAUUGUGGCGCUCAAUAACACCGCCGCAAUUCGGAACGCCUUGCCGCCGAAAAAUACCACUUCUGGGGAAGCCGCAUGGCAGUCGUCAGUGUCAUCUGCGGGCUGGCGUUGGGCGAGUGAAGCGGAGGAUAGCCGCUCGCCGCGGAUAGGUGGGAGUAAGCUUGUUCGUAGGGAACUGCAGUCAUGGCAUGUUGGGGAUUGGAUGUACGCAACGCGGUGGCCCAGGCGCGAGGAGGAGGUACAAGGGACAUUUCAGUGGAGCACUUCCGAUGACUCUGGCGUGGCCAAAGUCCGCCGUCGGCACUUGACGCGUAACCGCAUCAAUGUCGCUCUUGAGAGAGCCAAGGAGGAACGAAAAGAGGAGUACAUGAGGAAGCUUGAGGAGCUGCGUAUGGAGCUGGACCUGUAG